AUGUCGAAAACACCCGAAUCCGAGCACGUGUCCGACGCUCUCAACGAGAAGCAUAUUGUGGCUUCAGGAGUCUCAGAGGAGCUGUCCUCAGAUAAUGAGAAGCCCGACGAAACAAGAAGCGAUGCGAUAGUCCAGGAGGAAGCCCUGGUGAGCUCGACAGACGAGAACCAAUAUCCAACGGGGUUGCGACUGGUUAUCAUUGUUAUUGCUCUGUUCAUGGCGGUCUUCUUAUACGCAAUUGAUAUGACAAUUGUUGCAACGGCCAUCCCUAAAAUCACCGACGAUUUCCACAGUCUCGAUGAAGCCACGUGGUAUGGAUCUGCCUUUUUCAUGACGACGGCCGGCUUCCUAUCAGCGUGGGGCAAGGCCUACAAGUACUUCCCACUGAAGCCCAGCUUCCUCCUCGCCAUGUUCAUCUUCGAAGUCGGCUCCCUCAUCUGCGGCGUUGCUCCAAACAGCAAAGCCCUCAUCGUUGGACGAGCCAUUACCGGUGUUGGCGCAGCGGGUUUGGGAUCGGGCGCUUAUACUAUUGUUGGCUACUCGACGACCCCUGCGAAGCGUCCUCUGCUCAUGGGUAUUAUCGGAGCAUCUUACGGAAUCGCGAGUGUUGUUGGACCUGUCAUCGGUGGUGUUUUGACUGAUCACGCAACCUGGCGUUGGUGCUUCUAUAUCAACCUUCCCAUCGGCGGCUUCUCAGCGCUCAUCAUAUUCUUCUUCUUCACUGCUCCAAAAGAAGCCAAGCCGACUCCCGCAACCCCAUUGGAGAAGUUUCUCCAGAUGGAUCCUCUCGGAAUCAUUCUCGUCAUGGCCGCGACGAUCUCCUUCAUCCUCGCGUUCCAAUAUGGAGGCCAAACAUACGCAUGGUCAAGUUCCGUCGUUGUCGGUCUCCUCGUCGGCUCUGUUGUAAUCACUCUUGCCUUUGUCGCAGUGGAGAUUUCACAGACCAAGGAUGACCGCGCAAUGAUCCCGCCACGGCUCAUGAAGCAGUUCAACAUCUGGUCGCUUUGCCUCUUCACAACCUUCAACGCCGGCACAUUCUUCCAAGCCAUCUAUGUGCUACCGAUCUACUUCCAGAGUGCCUAUGGCGUCUCUGCGACGGGCUCUGGUGUGCGCAGUCUGCCGUUUAUUGUUCCCUGGGUCAUAGCAUCCCUGGUAUCAUCUGCCGUCAUUCAAAACACUGGUAUUGCGAAGCCAUGGCUGCCGUUUGGUGCCGCGUUGGCCACUGUUGCGAGCGGCCUGUUUUACACGCUCGACAUUGGAUCUAGCAACGGUAAAUGGAUUGGAUUCCAGCUCCUUGCCGGUAUUGGCUGGGGUUCCAACAUUCAGAUUCCCAUGAUUACUGCUCAGGGAACGUCCAACCCAGCGGAUCUGUCUCUUAUUACUGCCAUCGUUCUUUUCUUCCAAACCGUUGGUGGUGCCCUCUUCGUCUCAGCCGCUCAAGGAUCCCUCGUCGCCAAGUUGAUCUCUGAAUUACCUAGCAAGGCCCCUUCAGUAGACCCAGCCAUGGUCGUCGCAGCAGGAGCAACUGGAAUUCGUGGAGUGUUCCCAGAAGAAGUCAUUCCUGGUAUUUUGGAAUCCUAUUUGUCUGGUAUCAAAGUUGCAUUCGCCAUCAUGAUUGGAGGCGCUGGUUUUGCAACUGUAACAUCGGUAAUUGGUAAGUGGAACAAGUUGGACAAGGCAGCCGCUAAGGGUGCUGGCGGAGGAGCUUAA